AUGAGCACUGCAAACCCCGACGUCAUGGAUGUCGAGAAUACCAAGGUGUCCAUGGAGGGACGCCAUCGCGUACCGGUGCCAGUGGACGCAGACCGACGUGUCAGACGCAUGUUUGACUUCCGUGUCUUGCCCAUCGUCUGCUGCCUCUAUGUCCUAUCGUACCUGGACCGUGGCAACAUCGGCAACGCAAAGACCGCCGGAGCCCAGGACUCCCUGGGCCUCAGUUCUUCUCAGUGGGCCUGGGUGCUCAACUCGUUUUACAUCGCCUACAUCCUCUUCGAAUGGACGACCAUGUUCUGGAAGAUCUUCCCUGCCCACAUCUACGUCGCUGUUUUGUGUCUCGGGUGGGGAGCGGCGGCCAUGAGCUCUGGUGCAGCUAGACACAUGACUGACCUGGUCGUCACCCGCGUCUUUCUCGGCAUCUUCGAGGCUACCUUUGGAGCUGGUGCUCCCUACUUCCUUUCUUGCAUCUACAAGAGAGAAGAGCUCGGACUCCGGAUGUCCAUCCUACUCGGCAUGUCACCACUAGCAAACACCUUCGCCUCGAGUCUGGCAUACGGAAUUACUCACAUCCGCGGAUCCCUGGAGCCAUGGAGACUCCUGUUCAUCAUUGAGGGCGCGCCAACUAUCCUCUUCGCUCCAAUCGUGUACUUCUUCCUCAUCGACUCACCUGCCACCGCCAAUUUCCUAACCGAAGAGGAAAAGACCUAUGCCGUCGAGCGUCUGCAGGUCCGAGACAACACCUCCAAGCAGGCCGUCAGCUGGAAGCAGAUCGUCGCCGGCAUGAUUGACUACAAGAACUACGUCCACGCCAUCAUGCACUUCUGCGCCAACUUCUCCUUCGCCGCCCUGUCCAACUUCCUGCCCACCAUCGUGCACAACAUGGGCUACGACUCGAUCACGGCCCAGGGCCUGACGGCUCCCGCCUACUUCGUCGCCUUCCUGCUGUGCAUCGCCGCCGCCUUCGUCUCGGACAGGUACGGCAGCCGCGGCUUCAUCGUGGCCGGGUUCAGCGCCGUGGGUACCGUGGGCUAUGGCCUGCUCGCCGGGGUCCGCGACAUGAGCCAGACGGGGCCCAGGUACGCCGGUGUGUGGCUCGCGGCGUGCGGGAUCUUCCCGGCCCUCGCGAUGAACAUCACCUGGCUGCUGAACAACCAGGGAGGAGACUCCAAGAAGGGAGCUGGCCUCGCCAUCUCGCUCAUUAUCGGCCAGUGCUCGUCGCUCAUCAGCAGUACCGUGUUUCCCAAGGAGGAUGCACCGUACUUUACUAUUGGAUGUGCCAUCGGGUGUGGCAUGAGCGGUCUCAUUGUCAUCUUGGCCCUGAUCAUGCACUUUGCCCUGGUUCGGGAGAACAAACGCAAGGAUGCGCUGUAUGGACCUGUGGACCCCGACAUGGAAGUCGACGUUUCGGAGCAGGGAGACUACAACAGGAAUUUUCGCUACUUCACUUAG